GAGGGACAAGCUAACCCUGAACUAACAAAAUCCUUUUAUUAAUAAAACUAACACUAAAAUAACUAAAAUAAUGAGCCUUGAAUUGAGACUGUAUUAAUCUAUUGUAAAUUUUCAAACAUCAUCAUUAAUUGGUAUCUUCAGGUGUUAGAGAUACAGGCUGGCGCCCUGCGCAUGUGCGCAAUUAUCGACCCAACCCGUAUGUUUUUCAAUUAGUCGACAAUAACGUGUAAAUCAUUUCUCAGAACUGUAUAUGCUGUUAUAAAUUACAUCUUAUCAAAUAAGUAACAUUUAAAUGUGUAAUGAAUGCAGUAUUGAAAGUAAAGGUGAAUUGUUGAGGGUAGUGUUGUGAAAGAUAGUGUUGUGAUGAGGGCUUGGGCCUGGUGGUUCGCACUGGUGGGAGCGGUGGCGGUGGCGCGGGAGUUGGACCCCGCGGCCUGCAGUGCCAGGUUCGACGUCCAGCGUGACAAGAUCAUCCGCACGGAGGAGUCUCGGGAUAUGGGGGCGCGCUACCUGUCCGAGCUAGAUGUUGGAACGCGUGAGGAAUGUCUGCGUCUCUGCUGCGAGACAGACUCUUGCGACGUCUUCGUCUAUGAGGAGAAGAGACCUGGCAGCUGCUACAUGUUCAACUGCGGUCCGCCGGAGGACUUCCGCUGCAAAUUCACAGCCCACAGUAACUUCAGCAGCGGCGUCCUGGCCCUCAGCCGGCGCCUGGCCGAGCUGCAGGACCAGGAGCACCACGAGCGACAGCUCGCCAGCCUCAGGAAUCCAACUACCACAACGCCGUCGACGACGACGCUAGCGCCGCCCCACGCUCCGCCUUCGGAUCCGCCGCAACAACUUCCACCAGCAGGUCGCUGCAGCCGCUACCAGUUCGAGUGCCGUAGGGGCGGGGAGUGUAUUGCGGUGUACAACGCAUGCGACGGAAUACCUCAGUGUGCUGACGGCAGCGACGAAGCCCCCGAGCUGGGUUGUCCGGCAGCACCCGUGCCCCCCGCGCCGCCUCUGCCCGCGCCCACACCCCCGCCACAGCCUCCCAUCACCACGCCACCGCCAGCCCCUGUGGUGCCUGUCAAACCAGGUCAGGCUCAGCUGGUGGAGAGUAGCGAAUCAGGUGUGAGUGAGGGUAUGCUGGACAUCGGAGCUGGGGCAGGUGACUGGCCACACCGGCUGUCUCAGGUGCAGCCUCAGCAUAGGUACAAUGACCCUGCACGCAGCUCCCACAUCUUCAGCCACAAGGGAGGGCUGCUGCAGGAGGCGGAUCAAUCGUUGGCACAAUACCCCUCCUUCGAGCAGCCCUGGCCGCGUCGAACGUGGCCGCAGGCGCCGCAACCAGUGAUGGAAUGGUCAGGGGGUCCCGGCAUGGGUGGCGGGAUGUACGCGCGGCCCGCGGACUGGGCCGAGCCCGACCCGCGCCGCGCCUGGCCCGUGCCGCAGAGGCCUGACCCCGACAUGUCAAUAUAUAUGCCAGCGAAGACGAUGCCGGAGCUGCCGAUGGUGUACUCGAGCCAGCAGCAGACGCUGCGGGACAGCCCCAAGAAGGGCUACGACCUGGAGCGGCGGCCCGCGCCCACGCAGCCGCCGUCCGCCUCACCGCCCGCCGCGCACGACAAACCCGUGCUCGAUAAUACCACCAAGAAGAAGGAUUUGGCACGUCCAGCGUCGAGCAGCACGUCGAGCGCGCGGCACGCGGAGGGCGUGCACGAACACUUCGUGGGGGACGAGCACGAGCACGACGGGCUCAGCGAACACCCGCCUUCCGCCAUUUUGCUGCUCGUACUGGGUGUGGCGAUGACUGCAGCGAUGGGCGGCAUGCUGGGGUGCCGCGCGCGCGCGGCGCGGCGCCGGCUGCGGCGCGGCAAGGCGGGGCUGGCGCACGACGCCGACUAUCUCGUCAAUGGCAUGUACCUCUAGUGCGUGUGCACAGACCACACCACUCUGACUCAGUAAAUUCGAUCGCAGUCUUUAAAAUUAAAAAAAAAAUCAAACAUUAAUAACAUUUACACGACACAGAUAAUUAUACAUAUAAAUUAAAAUCGAAUUAUCGUAAGUCGUAGUAUCGAUUCUUGUCUGUAUUUAAAUUUGAAUGAUGGUAAUGACAGCGGUCGAAAUCACUAAAAUUUAAUUACAGUCUAUCUAUAAAGAAUUUGAAACCGAUAUUGAACGAUGUAAAUUUUUGCCAUUGCAACACCAGAGUCAUGAUUGGUUGAUAAACACCCAAUGUUGCUAGCCAAGGCACAGGUGCCCUCUUUUAUUUUCUAUUUUUUAUAUAUAAAUGUAAAACUGUAGAUGGCCAGCUGCGAACGACUGUGUCUAUCUCCAUCUCCCAAAUACCUCCCCCGGUUGGAGAAGAGAAGGAAUUUUCGUCUCAUUCAAUACAAUUGAAAGAAAAUGUACGUUUACUAAGCGUAAAUAUUUUGGGGGUGAAUGAAACCGUUCUUAAGAGUUGAUAAAAAUAUAAUACCUAGUCAAAGCGAUUACCAUAAAUAUCUAGUUCCUGUGAUUACAGGAUUCUAACUUUUCUGUUUUACAUAAACGUGUAACGUGACAUUGUGAACUAAAUACUAUGAUGAUGUUAAAUUGAGAAAUGCGAUCUCGUUACCACCAAAUUUACCAAUUUUCAAAUGAGUUCUAGUCCCGGUUAAAUGUUGUUUAUUCUUAAGAUAAAAUGCCGACGUAAAAACGUAAUAAGUGAUCAAUAAGUCAUAUGAAUUUUCACAUGUAAGCGUCAUGUCAAACAAAGAAAAAAAUAUGUUCAUAGGAACUACAACGAAUUCUAGCGACAUUAGCUAGCUUUUUCAAAUGUUGUUUCUCAAUCAUUAGUGUAACUUAAUUUCAUAAAUAGUUGCUCAUCCCUUCUUAUGUAAAAAGGUGUCUGUAUAUAAAGAGAACGCUUAAAAUGUUGUAAUAUGCUUAUUACAAACAUGUAUUGAAUUGUGAUCGUCUGUUGGAUUGAAGAGCCACUUCAGAUUUCCUCAAAUCAUGGAAUUUGUACAUCAGCAUAUCCAAAAUGAGGGAUCAUCCUAGACUGAUCCAAUCUUUGUAUCAGGAAAAAACACUAUUCAAAUAUGAAUUCGCUGGCAAAAAUCUGAAGUGUUCAAUCCAUACGUUUAAUUACCCACUCAUAUACUGUGGUAUAUAUAAAAAUGGUGGAAUGAGCACGACUAUUUGCGAGUACGUAAUCGACAUCGACAAAAUUGUAUAGAAAAAAAUCAGUUCUUUAUACGUCCGAUAGAGGCGCUGUUAAUUUUUCCCAUAUAUAUUUUGUCGAAAGUAGCUCGCAAAUUUAUUCGUUUUCGCUAUAUCUGGAGAGCUUCCAAGGGCUCGAUUCUCACGCAAACGAAGUUCAUUUCACAAUUUUUUAAAUCAUAACAUCAUCAAUCGAUAGAAUUUUUAAAAAAACUUUGAAAAAAUAUUGGGGAAAAUUGAUGAAAUAAACAUCGAUUUCGUGAGAAUCGUGCCCCAGAGUUCGUCCUUAAUACUAUUGUAUAGUAAAACGUGUUAUCGUCUUUCUUCUCUUGAAUAUAAAUAAUUAUAUAUAUCUUAUAGGUACUUGCCUUUUUAUACCCAAGUUCCAGAUAUAUCACUAAAAUGUUAAGUAAUAUCAUAUUCUAACCAUCUUAUUCCUAAAAACUUUAAAGAAUACUUUAAGCUAAAGUAUGUUUUGUCUCGUUCUGUGAAUGCCAAACAUUGUAACAUACUUCAGCUUAAACUAUGCUUUUACUUUUUACGAAUAAGAGGGUAAGUAUUUAGGGAAACUUUAUAGGCAAAGCUAGCGUUUGUUUGGUAUUGUAAAUUAUUUGAGUUUCUAAUAAAUUGUUAUAUAUCUGUUG